AUGUCCGUGAAAAGGUCUGUUUCCGAAAUCGAAAUUGAAAGUGUCCAAGAUCAUCCCUCUGUUGCCGUAGGAAGUUUCUUCAAGGGCUUCCGUGCUCCCAGUGAGACUAGGUUCGACUUAUACAAAAAAAAGAGGUCUGGUAAUGAUGAAUUCGUAUUGCAUGGUGAAAACGAGAGACUAGAAUACGAAGGUUAUACUGAUUCUUCUUCAGAAGCUUCGAACCAGUAUGUCGUGGGUCUAUAUAAUCCAGAAAAGAAAAGUAUUCAACUGUACAAGGCUCCGGUACUUGUAUCCAAAGUUGUAUCCAAGUCAAGCAAGGAUUUAAGAGGUCCAAAGAUCAAAAGUAAAAGUGAUACCCGUCCAUCGGCUUUGAGAAAUGCAUUGGGUGAAGCGUUCGGUACUAAAAAGGCCAAAAAGGCCAUUGCCGAUCUAGAAAGAAACCGUAUUGACUCUGAUAAGUUGACCGACUCUGCUAUUGACAUUGUGGAUUCUGUUAGAACUGCAUCCAAAGAUCUACCAACCAGAGCUCAAUUGGAUGAAAUUACUUCCAACGACAGACCUACUCCAUUGGCCAACAUUGAUGCCACUGACGUAGAACAAAUUUACCCAAUUGAAAGUAUAAUACCAAAGAAAGAAUUACAGUUUAUUCGUGUUUCGUCAAUUCUGAAAGAGUCUGAUAAGGAAAAGAAGUUGGAAUUGUUUCCAUAUCAAAACAAUUCCAAGUAUGUGGCAAAGAAAUUGGACUCUUUGACACAGCCUUCACAAAUGACCAAACUACAGCUAUUAUACUACUUAUCACUAUUACUGGGCGUAUACGAAAAUAGACGCGUGAAUAACAAGACCAAGCUGCUAGAAAGAUUGAACAGUCCUCCUGAAAUCUUAGUAGACGGUAUCUUGAGCAGAUUUACUGUGAUAAAACCUGGUCAAUUCGGAAGAUCAAAAGAUCGCUCAUAUUUCAUUGACCCACAAAAUGAAGAUAAAAUCUUAUGCUACAUCUUGGCAAUCAUCAUGCAUUUGGAUAACUUCAUUGUUGAAAUUACACCUUUAGCGCACGAAUUGAACUUGAAACCUUCUAAAGUUGUCAGUUUGUUCAGGGUACUCGGUGCUAUUGUCAAGGGUGCCACAGUGGCUCAAGCUGAAGCUUUUGGUAUUCCAAAAAGUACUGCAGCUUCUUAUAAAAUUGCCACGAUGAAAGUUCCAUUUAAGCUACCUGAAAUGACAAGAAGAGGAAGAGGUCCAAGACGUUAG